AUGACAGGUGCUUUAGAAGCCACAACAAUAGCAGCAAGUUUAAUUACUACAGGAUUCCAUGGACUUCAUGUUAUUAUUGGUACAACAUUCCUUUCAGUAUGCUUAAUAGGACACAUAAUAUUUAUUUCUUAUCUAUUCAUCAUUUUGGAUUUGAAGCAGCAUCAUGAUGUUAACAUUUCAUAG